UAGCAUUCAAGUCAAAAAAACGUCCUUAUAAUGGAAAACUCACCAAACCCUUCCAACAGGAGCAAACAGAUCAAUAAGCUAGAAAGCAAAUAGACCUCAACCUCCUUAACAAUAAAGCAUAGUCUCAUCAUCCAAACACAAAAAGAUUCUCAUAAAAUCAGCCAUAAAAACAUAGGUGUUUCAAAAGAUGGAGGGUUUUAUUCCUAUGGUCUUUAAGGCCAUCAAGAGAAACAAAGUUCGUAGGCAAUACAGGUGCCUUUCUGUGGGAGCUACUCAAACUUACAACUUAGCUGAUUUCUAUGAUAUUGCUGAACAACAUCACAACCAAGAUCAUGAUCAUGAUCAAAGCAGCGAGUUCUACGCCCCUCGAUCGGAGAGACGAGGCGAGUUCGAGGGUAGAAGAAGUGGGCAUCGCCGGUUCGGGUCUGCGGGGGAGUAUGGGAGCAACGUUGGGUAUAACUUCAAGUAUGAUCAUGAUGAGGGAAACGGUGUUGGUAGGAUUUCUACGUCUCCUUCUAAGCAAAUAAUCAAGAGAUAUAGAAGUCAUAGGAUGUUCUCUUGCAUUACAGGUACUAUCUAGUUAAGGUGAAACAUUUGCGAGUUUAGAUAGUAGAAAUAGUCAAUAGACUGCUCCUUUAUGUUUGUCUUGGAAAAAAAUCAUAUGUUAUUUGAAUUGUGUUAUGAUUAAUUGAAUAAGGUUGAUUUGUUCUACAAUUGUACAAAUUUUUCUUAAAUAUAUAUAUGGUAAAAGGCGUGUUGUACA